UUUCCUUAGAUUAUUUAAUUAAUAAUUUAACAUUUGAAAUUGUAAUUUUUUAGAAAAAAUAUCUAAGCAUAUAAAUCAAAAUUAUAAGAAUCAAUUAGAAUUAAUAAAAUAAGUAUAAGAAAGCUUUUAAUGGGCUCUAGUGCUGGAAAAAAUAACAAUUCUGAUAAAAAAUUAGUGAGUGAUAGAGAUGCUAACUAAAAGAAUAUCUUAAAAAGCUAAAACAUAAAUUAAAAUAGUGAUAGCUAAUGGGAUGACGUUCAUGGAAAUUUUAUUCUACCUCAAAAAAUGGAACUGAAGAAAUAAUGCAUUGAAACACAACAACAAGUAGAUGAGGCUCUUAAGAGAUUAAUAGAACUAAAUAUAAUACCAAAUGACAGUAAUACUAAAAAAAGCAUAAGAUAAAGAUACCCAUAAAAACAUUAUAGCUAUCAUUAAUAACCAAUUAAAGGCAUUUAAUCAGAACGUAUUUUGAAGAAAAAAACAAACUAAGAUGAUAAAAAUUAGGUUAAAUUCUUUGGGCCAGACUAAAUUGUAAGAAGAAACAAUUCUAAACCUUCCUUAUAGUGUUUUACAUAAUUACAUAAUUCUCCUUAACAUUAAAAGGAAAACAUAUGCUAAAAUUAUAAAAAUAACAACUAAUUAAAGCAAGAAAGAAUGAAUAUAUAUUGUUCUCCUAGUAGAAACUACUAAUAAGAAAAGGGAUUUUUGCCUCAAAUUAAUUAAAAUAAAAACUAAAUUUAAAGAUGCGAGUCUAUGAGUUAUAUUAUAAAAACAUGA